CGGUGGUCAGACAACCACUUCAGUGAGUCGCCUGGAGAUGGCGGUCAAACCCCACAAAUGAUUCUGCUAGGCGCCUGUUGGGGCAGCGUCUGGUGUCGGAAUAGUUAACGUGGGGCCGCCCUGGCUUCAGUGACUUUCUUUAUUUUUUAAGAAAAAAAAAGAACCGACGGAGCAGCAGGAGGGGUGGGAUGCAGAACUGAACAGGACAUACUGAAGGAGAAAAUAGAGGGAACGCUAAUGCUACAAAAUAUGGAGUCUUGCCCGAUGUACAUGUGUGUGGUUUACAAUACAUUGAUGUAGCCUGCCAAUAUUUUAUAUUUAUUUGAACUAUUUUUUUUUGUGUGACAUCUGCAAUGACGAGGGUCGGGGUUUUGAGCAGGACCGCAGCGAUUGUGCUCUGUCUUUUGGGAUGCAAUGUGUGGAAAGCGGUAACCAAAACCCUGCAAGAUGACAACGCUCUAAAAGAGGUGACUCUGAAGGUUCACCUGAGUGAUGCCAGCACCCACCAGCCCCUGGGCGGAGCCACCAUCGAGCUCUUCGCCAACCACACCCCUGUAACCACAGAGACCUCAGCUGCCGACGGCAAUGCCUACCUGCGUUUUCCCUACCGCCUUGGAACCCUGCUGGUUGUCACAGCAACCAGACAGGGCUACGUGCCAAAUUCCGCCCCCUGGAGACCCACCAGACUGCCCGUGUUUUCCUCUCUCAGUCUGGAGCUGCUACCAGAGAGAGCUGCCACUCUGAUGGUGUAUGAAGAUCUGAUACACAUUAACUCUGGAUCCCAAGGAUCGAGGGGUCAGUCCUGGGUUCAGUUCCAGCGUCGAGCCCUGAGCCUCCCUCCCAACUCGUCCUACAGCAAUCUCACUGCCCUGCUGACUGUGGCCAAUAACCCCAGCCACAUCCAGCACUUCCCCUACCUACAGGGCCUGGGGGGCAACGGAACAGGAAGUGAGCGUAGGUUUGAGCUGACUCCAGUGGCGGCCAUCUCUGUCCACCUAUUUGCCAGUGAGGGGGUGGAGCUCCAGGUGAACUGCCCAAUCAGCAUCUCCAUCUCUCUACCGGCCAAUUGCGGCCUGAAGGAGAACCAACACAUCCCAGCCUGGAGGUUUGACCCCAGUCUAGGGGCCUGGUUGAAGAGCAGUCUGGGCUAUGUCCAGAGGGAGGGAGACCAGCUCAGCCUAACCUACAUCGCCCCUCAGCUGGGAUACUGGGUGGCUGCCAUGUCCCCACUAGACACAGGUCCAGUGGUGGCAAAGGACAUCAGUACGUACCACACAGUCUUCCUAUUGGCCAUACUGGGAGGCAUGGCUGUCAUCCUCCUCUGCCUGCUCUGUCUACUACUGUACUACUGCAGGCGUGGUUGUGUGAAGCCUCGUCUGUCCCAGCGGAAGCUGACUCUGUCGUCUGGUCUGGAGGGCAGUAAGAGAGACCAGUCCACCUCCAUGUCCCACCUCAUUAACAGCGAGGUUCAUUUGGAGCUGGUCUCUACGACAGCAGAACCCGACAUGACCACGCCCAUGCUCAAACCCUCCUCCUGCGAUCGCCAUGACCUGGUCUCCCAUGGCAACCACAGUCGCAUGUCUCUAGGAAACCACAGCCGAAGUCGUCAUGGCUCGUCGCUAGGCAACCUGACGCCGCGCAGCAGAGAUUACCGUCAGUCUGUGGAGACGUUCCCGUUUAAGUCAGCCCUCUCCGCCGGGACGGAUGCCGGCUACCGCCAAUCAUACACCUCCAUCUGCUCAUCCAUCAAUCAGCUCCCAGAUAGACUUUCCUCCUCAAAUCAGGUGCAGGCGUCAGCAAGUCAAUUGAGUGGUGUUGGGGAGGGCGGGACUAGUGUGCGUGAGGCUACCUCGCCCUGCUCCCCACCUGUCUCCCCUAUCAGAGGGGAGGGGUGUGAGCGCAGACCCCCAGACUACCUCCUGUCCCGGUCUGUGGACCACCUGGGCUCCCUGCCCCUCUCCCUCCCCAGGCCGGGCCAGCUGCUGUGUUGUGGCUCCGUGGACCUGCUGAGUGGAGGAGACGGUUACCCCAGGAGGAUCCGGCCCACCCUGGUGAUCCCAGCCCACUACAUGCGCCUGCCGGGGGAGCACCCGCUGUGUGGCCAGGCCCUGUUCUUACAGACUGACCAGCAGAGUGACCUGGAGACCAUCCAGGCUGAGCUCAACGCCUCACACUCCCAGCAGCCCCUGGGGCAAACACACGCCGAUUAUGCUAUUGCCUCAGCCAACCAGGGACAAGGAGAGGGGCAAGGGGAGUGGAGCAGCCUAUCAGAGUCCCUGUCUAUCCCGUCAGCACUUGGGCAGUCAGGGAUUAUGCAAAUGAACGGCGAGGACACACUAUUGGCUGAGAGGAAAUUGAUGGAACUGCGGGGAGGGAAGCCCCUCACACACCCGCGCGCCUGGUUCGUCUCAUUGGACGGUCGGUCUAACGCCAUCAGACACUCUUACAUAGACUUGCAGCGGGCUGGGCAAGCCAAGGGGAAUCCAGGUGGAGGAGGUAGCCAUGGUAACAACAGUGGUGGUAGACAUGUCAACGGAAACGAUGCAAGUCUGGACUCCGGGGUGGACCUGAAUGAGCCCAGAGCAGGGCGGAGGGGGAGGGAGGUAGAGAGGAAGGUAGGAGAGAGGGAAAGAGAGAAAGACAGAGAGAGGGGGAGGACAAAGAGUGGCCCUCCUGCCAUGGCCUACACCCAGCUGGUAUAUGUGGAUGACCUGGAGGGGGAGACUCCUGAGUGUAGCCCCCAGGACAGCCCUUUAGGUCCAGGGUUGCAGAACACACAGGGACAUCAACAAGUAGAGCAGGAGGACAGAGGAGAGGGGAUGAUACAGGAAGAGGCUCCUUCACCCCUCUCCUCCCCCUCCUCCUCCUCUCCACCCCCACUCACAGAGACCGAGGGCGUGGUCUUCAGGACUGAGCAUGACCAACCGGCCCUAUUGUCUGUUGCCCCUGAUGACCACGGAGAGGAGGAGGAGGAGGAGAAGAAGAGCCCCUGGCAGAAGAGGGAGGAGCGCCCGCUAUUGGCAGUCUUUAACCUCAAAUAACCUCUGACCCUUGAACUAUAACUUUACUUCCCCUCCCACCACCCCACCCCAGAGUGACAUGAAGAAGGAUUGGCCAGCUAUAGAUCCAGAUCAUUCAGGAAGUACAUCUGUACUGGGAGCUAAAUGGAACUGUCAGUGAAUGGAAACGAUUGGAACAGUUGGAACUCCAUACAUUCUAAUGUCUAAUCCUUCCUGUGUAUCAUCAUAGCCCCACACUACAUGGACAGGCCACUGACUAGACAUGCCAUAGAGACUUUGUCUGAGUGAUACAGAUGAACUAAAAACAAACUUAACAACGCCAGAGAACAUGUAAUGCACAACUGCUAUGCCUUUAGUAAAUGAGCUGCGUCAGCAAACAGGGGCUGUGGAAUAAAGCCAAAGCAAUAUGGUGGAUGUCUACUGGCAGGUCUAGGUAGAAAGAGUAGUAGUGUUUUCAGAUCAGUAACUAGGACAGGAUAUACAUACAGCAGGAAAGGAAGCUACUCUAAUGUAUAAUGCUGCACAGAUCUACGAUCAGUUUUCCCCCCACAGGUCUUAAUUUGGGCGGCAGGUAGCCUAGCAGUUAGAGCGGUGGGCCAGUAACGCAAAGAUCGCUGGUUCGAAUACCCAAGCCAAGACGGUGAAAAAUCUGUCGAUGUGCCCUUGAGCAAGGCACUUAACCCUGAUUUGCUCCAGGGGCGCCGUACUACUAUGGCUGCAUCUAUCCAGUGUAUGUGACACUAAAACAUAUUUUGUUAGGUUUCAAUUUUCCAACAUUAGGGUACCUUAGAUUAGUGUGUGUGUAACUUCAGUUUCCCAUCCACACGACUGGUGAAUCAGAUAAUGGGAUACAGCCCCCUCUGUUGGUGACUGUUGAUAUUGCAGCACUCUACCAGUGAAGUUUUAAAUGAAGGUUUUGUGUGUUGAACCACUGACUUCGGCAUACUUUGCUCUGAACGGCUGGCUAUGCAUCACUUUUAUACAGUUGCUUGAGAUGGCUUGUUUUGUAAUUUUAAGUACUCUGUGAUUUUAGUUGCCAAACUAUUUUACUCAAAUACGUUUAUGCUAUUUUCUACUCAGAUAUGUUUUAUCGGUUUUUUUCCCUUACUGUAAGUACAGAGUUUUAACAGACACACACCCAAGCCUUUUCUCUGAAACCAAACCGCAUCCUGACGUUUGGAAACCACUAUAAUCGACUUCCUCGUUUUCCAAGUGCCUUUGAACAAGUUGACUCGUACACAUCAGUUCAGCUAGCUAUGUAUUUCUCCUCUCCCCUGUUGAGCUCUAACCCUCCACUACCUCAUCCCUCUCUCCUCUCCUCCCUCUGUCCCUGGCAGACAGCAUGCAGAAACCCCCUCUCUCCUCUCCUCCCUCUGUCCCUGGCAGACAGCAUGCAGCAACCCCCUCUCUCCUCUCCUUCCUUUGUCCCUGGCAGACAGCAUGCAGCAACCCCCUCUCUCCUCUCCUCCGUCUGUCCCUGGCAGACAGCAUGCAGCAACCCCCUCUCUCCUCUCCUCCCUCUGUCCCUGGCAGACAGCAUGCAGCAACCCCCUCUCUCCUCUCCUCCGUCUGUCUCUGGCAGACAGCAUGCAGCAACCCCCUCUCUCCUCUCCUCCGUCUGUCCCUGGCAGACAGCAUGCAGCAACCCCCUCUCUCCUCUCCUCCGUCUGUCUCUGGCAGACAGCAUGCAGCAACCCCCUCUCUCCUCUCCUCCCUUUGUCCCUGGCAGACAGCAUGCAGCAACCCCCUCUCUCCUCUCCUCCCUCUGUCCCUGGCAGACAGCAUACAGCAUCCCCCUCUCUCCUCUCCUCAGUCACAAAGGGAGGAUGCUGUGUGGCCAUAGCUAGAUUGUUUAUUGACUUUUGCAUCUGCCUCUGUGUGCCAGUGUGUGGGCCCGUCUUUGUCUGUAGUCAUGUCUUUCUGCACAAGCAUGUGCCUGAGUGUUCAUAUCUGUGCGUGCAGACAAUAUACUGUGUGUGUGUGUGUGUGUAUGACAGCAUAUGACAUCUGAGGCAUUACAGUGUAUAUAGUUCUCUCCUCUACAUGUUGACAUGUGAGCUAGUGUUGUGAAUGACCCUUCAUCCCCUCUCUCUCUCUCUCUCUCUCUCUCUCGCGCUGUACUCCAUCACCAUAGUAACCACUCUGGGAGAGUACUGUAUGUUACUGUUCCAUCCAUUCUGAAUGUCUUAACCGUUUGCCUGUAUUAUAAUUUACGCUUAUUGUUCUGAAUAAAGAGACAAACUGGA